GCUCACCUGCCUUCCCACGAGAUUCCCCUGCCACCGUCGGAUGACGAGGGGGAAGACGUCAGGUCGUCGACUUUGCCGUUGGGAAGUGGUUCCAUGCAGGAAUGGGUGGCGACGCAGUCGUAUGUUGGCCGGUGGGCGGAGACCCCGUGGUCUUACACCUCACUGUUGAACGAGGGGCUGUGCGACGAUGACGGCAAUGCAGCGGUUGAUCUCAACUUCCAGUUGUCCAGCAACAGCGGAGCAGCGACAACGCACACUCGGAUCAUCAAUCCCCACCCAGAUGGGGAUUGCGCGGACAACACGCACGUUGGUCUGCGCGGGGCGCGGCAGGCUUUGAAUAAAGGUGGAACGGAGACAAUCACGAGACGGGUGCAACGGCUCCACGUGGACGAAGCGGCUUUCGAUGAGCCCCUGGGUUGUGACGACGUUGACGGCGACGACGAUUGCAACUCCGAUGAUUUGCCACACAUCAGGCCGCUUGGGAGGAAGGUGACGAAUGGCGGUGCGAGUGCGAAGAGGGGUCCCGCUCCGAAAAAUCGACGGAAUAAGAAAAUGGAUGACGACACCGGUCGGAGCGAUGGCGAGGGCAGCCAUAACUUCUGGUCGGUGGGUGACACGAUCGCACUCGUCAAGGCAAAAAGGGAUCAAGAUCUGUAUAUCACGGGCAUGGGCACCAGUUUUGCCCCCAUGAAAAUGAGGGAGUGGAAGAGGGAGGACGUGCGGGCGAGGUUGCAGACGAUGGGCAUCACGAGGGAGGGCGUCGACUGCGGGAAGAAAUGGGACAAUUUGAUGCAGCAAUUCAAGAAGGUUCACAAGUUCCAUAACCUCUCCGGCGGGAAGGACUACUUCAAGCUUGCUUCAAAGGCCAGGCGAUUGGAGGGCGUCAACUUCGUCAUGGACCGGAGUGUGUACGACGAGAUGGAGGCCAUGACGAACAGGGAUCAUACGAUCCACCCGAAGAACUUGGCGGACACGGGGGCGGCUGGGGGGGUCAGAUGGCGGCAGGCGCGGGGGCUGGAGGGGAGAUCAUGGCCAGUGAGGGUGGAGGGGAGGCAGCCGACGAGGAGCAGGGGUCGACGAAAGACUCCACAUUCAGCGCUGGGAGCGGCGACGGUUAUGGGAAGAGGAAGAACAUGCGGCAACAAACUUUUGAGGUCGUCGCCGACGUCAUGGACAAGCAUGGCGCUUGUUCCGCGUCUUCGCGCGAGCGAUCCACAAAGGGAAGCAGGAACCAUGUCUGCGCGAGGCGGCGCCCGUGGCAAGAAGCGAGAAAUCGUCCAGGCAGACACUCGGGGGCGGGAAAAGGGUAGGCGGCAUAUCCCCAAGGCGAAGAGGCUUCGCUCAGAAGAAGCAUCAAGAAGAGUGUCUCUUCGGCGAGGACGGACUUGGGCAACACCUGACGAAGACGACGACGAAGACGUGUUCACAACGGAGGAAGAAGCAGUAGAGGCCACCGUGUCGGCACCUCGGGGAAGUUGUCUUCAACGGUCGUCUGAUCAGAGCGCUGCGAGGAGAUUGCUGACGCCCCCUCCGGAGGCGCAGCAAGUGCGUGGCCAUGAAACCCCGAAGGUGAAGGAGGUUGUCGUCAACGUCGGCGGUGAGGACUACGAACUGUUGGAAAACCGGCGGCAACGAAAUGUUACACAAGGCGCCACGGCGGCGACACUCAAGAUACCUGGCUCGACUAAAGAAAUGUCACUUCAGGGUGGGCUGCCCUCCACACCCUCUCAGCCGUGUUCUCGCAACACGGUUGGUGAGGGGGGCUUCAUGGAACGAAGUGGAGGGGGGGGAGCCCAACCAGAAGCGCGCAUGGCGGGUGGAGGGGGGAUCGUUGCUGCAGACACUCAGGGGCGGGAAAGUAGUGUUGCGGCCGUGACGAGAACGAGAGAGGAACUCCCAGUUGCGCAGCGGAAGGUGGCGCGCGGCGACAACAAGGGUGAUAGGGAGGAUGAGGACACCCUUUUAAACCGGGUGCGGAAGGGAGGCAUGGCGGUUCCGAGGAUACAAUCUCGCUUUCCAGUACGUGCUGAAGUCAGUGGCGACGGACAUUGCGCCGCGAACAUCGAGGACAGGCCGGAGGACGAUGACAUGGUGGUGCACCGGGAGUCGACCGUUUUAUGCAUCGCGCAUGCAUUCCUCGUUGCGGUGCAAAUGGAUGCCAGCAUUGACGGUGAGUUCAUCUCACAAGACCGUUUGUCAAGGAUUGCAGAUUGCUUCAGGCAUUUGUUGGCGGCCAGCAUGUGGUUGAUGCACAUGGUGGGAGACGAUCCACGCAGCCAUUACGAAACCUUCUACUUUGUGAAGCCCACGCUCAUCGCGUCCAUGCAUCGCUCCUUCGAGCAUCGACGAUCCGUCAUCCGAGCCACCAACGCAGUGACGGAGAGAUUGGGGAAGGCGAACGCCACUGAUCACUCAUUCCAUUGUUGCUCAUGUCAUCGGCUUGUGUUUGUGCCAUUGCGAUACUGUGAACAUGAUUAGUCCUCGGCUUGUUGGAUGUACAUUCACUCAUGUCAUCUUCAUUUGUUUGUACCAUUGUCGCUCGUUUGUUUGUUACUUAUUUGUUUUCUUUCCCAGUUUUCCCAAUGCCAAACAAAAGACGUGUUUGUGUUUGAUUUCAACACUCAAAGGAAGACCAAGCGCACAAUAGCAUACAGCAUACGAUACAGCAUACGAUGUCCGACAAAACAUUUGUGAACAACAACGCAAUGAAAUAGCAACACACAU